AUGACUACUCAUACAUGGGGAGAAUAUCCCCAAGGUACUUGGACAUUGGAGGUGAGCUUUGCUUCGCCUCCUGACCAACAACAAUCUGGGUUCUUCAAAGAAUGGACUCUCAUGCUUCAUGGGACUAUGGAUGCCCCUUACACUGGCCUGCCAGUAUCUGAUCCACAUUCAAAGUUGGCAAUAGUAAAAAAGGCUCAUGAGGAGAGAGGCACAACAAAGCACAAAUGA